AUGGCGCCGCCUGUUACUUCUCCAGGUCCAGUCAAUGAGUCAAAACGGGGAUCGUUUCAGGUAUUAAUAUUCUUAUCCCUGAUGGUGGUAAUAAAUGUGAUAAAACUGAUGCUUGUGUUGAAAAUGAUGAGAGCAAAGACAGGGAAGACUAACAACAAGGAUGUAAUCGAGAUAGAAAAUGAUGGUUGUGAGUCACUUGUUCCAGUAGAAAAUAUUGUUGAAUCUGGAAAAGAAAUGUCAUCUAUUCUAGCUGAAAACACCGUUGAGAGUGGAAAAAUGAUAGAGCAUGAGACGUAUGAGCAGGAAGGUGAGUGUAGUAUGAAGUCCGAGAAGAAUAAAGACCGAGAUGCAUCCCUUGACCUUCUGAUUGCCCUGAGGAAAGGUACCAGAUCGUGUACAAAAUAUCCACUGCAGAGUUACUUGUCUUAUAGUAACCUAUCUCAUGAGUUCAAGGCCCUCACUACGAGCCUAGACACAGUGGUGACACCGAACAACAUACACACAACAUUGAAAAUUUCUGAAUGGAAAGCCGCAGUCAUGGAAGAAAUGGGGGCUCUUGAGAAAAAUCAUUCGUGGGACCAAGUUACUCUUCCAAAUGGACACAAAGUAGUCGAAAGUGAUGAUGCUUCAAAGAUUGACCGAUUAAAGACAAAAAUGGCUGAGGAAUUUGAAAUCAAGGAUCUUAGAAAAUUAGGGUACUUCCUUAGAAUGGAGGUAGCUCGAUCAAGAGAAGAGAUUUCAGUUUCCCAACGAAAAUAUACUCUGGACGUGCUUAAGAAGACGGGUAUGGCAGGCUGUAAACCAAUUGAUACCCCUAUAGAAGUGAAUGCGAAAUUAAGUAAUCUGAGUGAAGGUGUUCCAGUUAAUAAAGAGAGAUAUCAACGGCUUGUUGGAAAGUUAAUAUACCUCUCUCACACUAGACUAGACAUUUCAUAUGUACUGAGUAUGGUGAGUCAUUUUAUGCAGUCUUUGAACGAAUAA